AUGAGUAUUCAAAUAUUUCCAGAAAAAUUGAGUUCAAGACUCUUUUGCUCUCAGGUAAAUAAAUGUGUAUUUUAAUUUCAUUCAAAUUCACAUUAUUGUUUUCAAGUUUUACUAGUUUUACAUAUAUUUUGGGGUUCAGUAGCCUUGAAUUUAAACAAAAUCUAAUGUAAUGGCAAUACAAUUAGUCAAAUUCAUGUUAAAAUUCUCAAAUUCUGUUUCAUUUAGUUCAAAUUCAACAAUAAGAACAAUUUCAUCAGUGCAAUAUGUAGCAUCUAGGGCAAGAGACCCAACAUUUGAGAAGUAUAUGGAUCAUUACAAGAAGCUUGUUAAAGUAAUUGCUAUUCAAGACUUAAUCUUGGCAAACCCUAACAAAAACCCACCUUCAGUUUCAGUUGAUUUCUUGUCUAGGUUGUCUCAAAGACUUCACCUUAAUCGGGGUGCACCGUCUUUUCUUCGUCGGUACCCUCAUGUUUUUGAGAUUUUCUAUGAUCAUACUAAGUCUAUGCCUUACUGUAAAUUGACUGAUAAAGUGGUUGAGAUUUCUCGGUUGGAGGCGGGUGCGAUAAAUGAGUCUUUGCCGUUGGUUGUGGAACGAUUGGUUCGAGUAUUGUUGAUGUCAGUGUCUAGGUCAGUGCCGUUGAGGGCGGUUUUUAAAGUGUGGAGAGAGUUGGGUCUUCCUGAUGAUUUUGAGGAGUCUGUGAUUGCAAGGAAUCCUCAGUUGUUCUUGCUUUGUGAUGGGAAUGAGCCUAAUACCCAUGUUUUGAAGCUAGUUGGUAGUUACCCUAGUGAUAAUUUUACUGCUGCGGUGGAGGAUUGGCGAGUUAUGGAGUGUUGUAAGGAGGAUUCGAAGGUUGAUAGGACGGAGAUGCGAUAUAGUUUUAAGCAAGGGUUUCCACCUGGAAUGAAGUUGAAGAAGACUUUUAGGACAAAGGUUAGGGAAUGGCAGAAGUUGCCUUAUGUUGGGCCGUAUGAGGUUGUAGGAGAGAAGAGAGCAAAGAUUGGUUUAAAGGGGCUGGAAAAACGAGCUGUUGCUAUAGUUCAUGAAUUCAUGAGUUUGACAGUUGAGAAAAUGGUGGAGGUGGAGAAGAUCAGUCACUUCAGGAAGUGGUUUGGGAUUGAUUUGAAUAUCAGAGAUUUAUUUUUGGAUCACCCUGGGAUAUUUUACUUGUCUAACAAAGGGAAGAUGCAUACAGUUUUCUUGAGAGAAGCUUAUGAAAGGGGACGAUUAAUCAACCCAAAUCCUGUCUAUGAGGCUAGGAUGAAGCUUCUUUAUCUGAUUAUGAUGGAACGUCGUGGAAUGUUAACUACAACUCAAAAUUCUGUCAAUGGGGAAGAUGAUGUGCAAAACAAAGAUAAUAAACUGAUUUCUGCCACUUCAGUUUCAGACAAUACUAGCACAGAUCAAUAAUGUUGGAGCUAAGAUGGUGAAUAUGGUGGAUAACAGAAAACAUAAGAUUGGCAAUAGAGCCUAUUCAAUUUAUUGCUACAGCUCCUAGUGAAAAUUCCAUUACUUUGGAGUUUCAGAGGGUGAUUUGCAGUUGAGUAGAAGUCAAUAUUUGUCCCUGCAAUCCAGAAGUAUAUCGAGACUUGCAGAAAGUGGAUAAUGAGAUUACUGACCUAUCACACCUCUUGUGCUUAUGCAUGACAAUCUUGAUAGGAGCCAACUUUGUCUGUUACUCCUGUGAAGUGGCUGAUGUAGUUCAUGGGAGCGAAGCCAAUCAUUUCUAUGCCCAGGAAUUAUUCCUGCAUCUGGUCAGUGGUUUUUUCGUAGAUAUUCCUGUCAUUGCCCAUGCAUCAGUUCUUCCUCAAUGCAGUCUACAGGACAAGGACAUCAAUGAAUAAGUUUACCCUAAAGAUCCGUAUUGUGAUCCAAAGGAUGGUAGUGCUUUGAUUCAUAACUCGGUCCAUGCGCCAAGGCUAUCUAAAUCACACAUUGACUUGGUAUGUGUUCUCCAUUUGGACACUUUUUUAUGCUUGCACUUGCAGCAUUUUUAUUGCUGUAUGAAUCUCCUAAAGUCCUCAAGGCUAUAUGUAUUUUGCUCUUUUUAUCUAAGAGUAUACUUGUCUUAAUGCAGAAGUGUAUCAAUCAUAUAGAAACUUAUAUUAGAAAAGAAAAAAUAAAUAAGAUCAACAUAAGUUACUGUUUGGAAGUUUUCUUCAAUUAUAAUUUUUUUUUUCCCUCUUGGGUUAUUAAGUUAUGAAAAGUUGUAUAUGAAGUUUAUUGAAGGAUUGCACAUAAAUUCACCAUUAAGAUUUUGGAGAGAUUUGGUGAUAG